AUGGUGGUUACUCUCCCGGGGAAGUUAACAAACGACGAUGCGAUUAUUUGGUCUCGCCGCAUGGAGACCCCGAGACAGACAGUUGGCCUUCUCUUCCAGACGAUUGGCGCUGCUGACCGCAAACACGAGCGGCGUUGUCUUUACCAGUCCAAGCCCAACUCCCUCUUGGUGCGCCCUUCCCUUCGUCCAUUUCCCUUUCCGGAAGCUGCACGCCCAAAUCGCGUGGAUCUGGGCAGGUCAGAGGGCGCCAGGUCUGCCACUAGCUUCACCGUCAAUUUCAACGUAUCCUGCAACCUGGCAGGCCAGUCGGUGAUGUUCAUGGUGACAUCUGCGGAUGUCGCGCUCCUGGAACCGUGGCUCCAAAACUCGCACAUGUACGGCAGUUCUUCGCGCAUGCGUGCGCUUGGUACAUGCAGCUAG